AUGAGCUCGCAGCGCUAUCAACGGGUGAAUGCCCAGGAUGAAGAUGACGAUUCUCAUUCUUAUCCGUUAAAUCCUACCCGCAGAAGCGACGGUCUUCCAAACUCUCCGCCUCCCUCGUUCCGUUCCGGAUCUCGGUCGACUUCACCGUCUUCGCGACGACUUCUUCACAGCGACUCGGUCCAUGAUGACAAUGAUCAGACUUUGGCCGAUGCCUUUGGUGAUGGUGAUGAGUCGGAUGAUGACGAGGAGCCCGACGACCGGCAGCGGUUGAUGCGUGGCAGUCCGGACACCGGAUCACAUGGCGGCUAUGGUCAGCCGGCACCGUCCGCAUAUUCUUCCUCCGAUGCUCGAAUAAAUGGACAGGAACCACCUCGCAUAACACCAUUAUCGCGCCGUCCAACAAUCCUGCCGACCUUUACCACACCCACUGCGGGAAGCGGUCGGUCCGUGGCUCCGUCCAAUGAUGGAGUGUUCGCCAACUUGGCCGCCAAGCCAGAACGGGGCGAGAAGACUGAAGAUUUGCCUCCGUCUUACGAAGAAGCUGCUGCCGAUGCGACCCCGCCCUAUUGGGAGACGACGAUCGUUGCGCCCGGCAUCUCCUCUGAUGAGGUGUAUGUCGAUGGGCUGCCGGUCGGGUCAGUCUUCUCCUUUGUGUGGAAUGCCAUGAUAUCCAUGUCCUUCCAGCUGGUCGGGUUUUUGUUGACCUAUCUCUUGCACACCACCCACGCCGCGAAGAACGGCAGUCGAGCGGGUCUCGGCCUCACGCUCGUUCAGUGGGGGUUCUAUAUGAAGGGUGGCAGUGACUCGUCUGGUGACGGUGGCAGUGACCAGUAUGUCCCUCCACCGGAUCCCAACAGCCACAAUUUUGAUCCCAACUCGGUGGGAACGGGCGGUGGCAGUGACGGCGGCGCACUCUCUGGUAUCACCACCAACGAGUGGAUCUCCUACGUGCUCAUGAUCGUGGGCUGGUUUAUUUUGAUUCGUGCUGUGAGCGACUUCCUCCGUGCCCGACGUCACGAACAGCUCGUGUUGCAGAGUCCCGAUCGAGGAUUGGGUGUACCAGUCAUCGCGGAAGGAGAACGAUCUGAGACCGUAGUCUGA